AUGUACACCGCCAUGGAUCCUCCUCCACCCAGAAACCCCACCACCGGAUCCUCGCCCUCAACAUCUGAAAUGUCAACGAAAGGUACUGGAAUGGGUCCCCCACCUCCAAGAAGCCCUAUCCAUGCCAAGCCCGAAACGGAAACCGAACCCGAAACCGAAACCCAACUAGAACCCAAUUCAUUACCAUCCCAGCAAGAAUCUCAACCAAUUUCGACUCAAAUCGAUGCUGUACAGUCUGCUGAAGAUUCUGAUUCCUCUGGCAAUUCAAAAACUGGGACCGUUAUAGGCGUUGAGGAGGAAAAACAAGAACAGCGCAAUAAUAAUACGGCCGCGCCGUACACUAUUCCAGAGUGGAGCGGUGCUCCCUGUCAUAACUUCUUCAUUGAAGUCCUGAAAGAUGGCUCCAUCAUCAAUCAAUUAGAAAUUGACAAGAAGGGGGCCUAUAUGUUUGGCCGGGUGGAUCUUUGCGACUUUAUGCUCGAGCAUCCCACCAUUUCUCGGUUUCAUGCAGUUGUUCAGUUCAAGAGCAAUGGAGGCGCAUAUCUCUAUGAUCUUGGUAGUACACAUGGGACAUUUAUAAACAAGAAUCAGGUGAAGAAGAGGGUUUACGUGGAUUUGCAUGUUGGUGAUGUGAUCCGGUUUGGCCAAUCAUCUCGGUUGUACAUAUUUCAAGGACCUUCUGACUUGAUGCCACCGGAAGCUGACUUGAAGAGGGUAAGAAAUGCUAAGAUCCAACAAGACAUGAAAGAUAUGGAGGAAUCACUUCUUCGAGCAAAAGUGGAGGCUUCUCUUGCUGAUGGGGUUUCAUGGGGAAUGCGUGAGGAUGCUAUUGAGGAAAAUGAGGAUGAAGUUGAUGAGAUAACUUGGCAAACUUACAAGGGGCAACUUACAGAGAAGCAGGAAAAAACACGAGAAAAAGUUAUAAAAAGACUUGAGAAGAUUGCUCAUAUGAAGAAAGAGAUUGAUGCUAUUCGGGCCAAGGAUAUUGCUCAAGGUGGGUUGACACAGGGACAACAAACUCAGAUUGCUCGAAAUGAACAGAGGAUAUCACAGGUUGUGGAAGAACUUGAAAAUUUGGAAGAGACUUUAAAUGAAAGUAUCCAGGAAAGUUUAGGUGCAAGAGCAGGAAGGACGUUCCAUGGUAAGACAAAGGGAGCAACGGAAGAUGACGACGACGACUAUAUGAGUGAUGAUGAUGAGUUCUAUGAUCGGACACAGAAACCCUCCAAACGUAGAAGUGGUGAAAACCACUCAAUAGAAACUGCCAAUUCUCUUCUUGAUAAGAAGGAUGCGAUUGUUAAGGAGAUGGAAGAAAAGGAAAAAAUGCUUUUGGAUGAGGACAAAAUGGCACAGACAAAUGAGGUUGCUGAAGCUGGAGAUGCACUUGAUGCGUACAUGACUGCAGUUUCAUCUCAGCUAGUUCUUGCUAAUAAAGAAAAGAUUAGAAAGGAGUUGUCAGUUCUCCAGUCAGAGAUGGAUAGGAUCCUCUACUUGCUGAAGAUUGCUGAUCCUACAGGAGAAGCUGCUAGGAAAAGGGUAUCGGAAGCGAAGGAGCCGAAACCUAUUGUGAGCAAAAGCCCUGUUUCAGCUGCUUUAGAUUCACGCAAACGCCCCUUAUUCGAAAAGAAUAAAAGAUCGGGAGCAGAAUGUUCGUUGGAUAGAUCCAGUCUGGAAAUGGGUAUUAGAGAUGAAGUACCAGAAUCUGGCAAGAAGUCUGAAGAGUCAGAGUUAGUUACUAAUGAAGCAAAAAGUGAAACUACUGUUAAUACGGAUCCAACCGACAAUGGUGCUGCUAAAUAUAGUGUUGCUAAGCCCCAGUGGCUUGGUGCCGUAGAUGACAGAAAAAAGCAAGAAAUCGCACAGGAAGUAACAGUAGACACACAGGAGAAUUUUCAGUUUGUUGACUACAAAGAUAGAAAGACUAUUCUGAAAAAUCCAAAUUCUGCUCAGGUUAACUCAGGAAUUGAAGAUGCGGCCCCUGGUCUAAUAAUAAGGAAGAGAAAGCAAGAUGAGAAAUCCAAGGUUAGUGAAGUUGAAGAUUCUGAACAGCCGAUUAGGGCUGAGAUUAUAGCAGAAGAAGCUGUGGCUUUAUUAUUAAAACAUUCAAGACCCAUCAAUGAAGAUGUGCCACUUGAGACAGACAGGAAGGGUCAUAAAAAGCCUAAAAGAAUGGUGGGUCCCGAGAGACCAUCAUUUCUCAAUGAUGAACCUGACUACGAUUCUUGGAUGCCACCUGAAGGUCAAUCAGGUGAUGGGCAUACCUCAUUGAACGAUCGUUUUGGUUACUAA